AUGGACACGCGGAGUUUAGUGGCGCUGCUCGGGCUGCUUUGGCGGUGUUGUGGAGCUCCGCAGAGGGGUCUUUUCCCAGCGGUGCUGAAUCUGGCCUCCAUGGCAGAGAUCAAGACCAACGCCACAUGUGGAGAAACAGGUCCAGAGAUGUACUGCAAACUAGUGGAGCAUGUGCCAGGACGUCCCGUCAAGAACCCUCAGUGUAGGACCUGCGAUCUGAACAGCGAUUAUGAUUACGAGCGGCAUCCUAUUAAGUUCGCCAUCGAUGGCACAAACAGAUGGUGGCAGAGCCCAAGCAUCAUGAACGGGAUGGACUUGCAUCACGUCACUGUCACUCUGGACCUGCAGCAGGUUUUCCAGAUUGCUUAUGUGAUCCUGAAGGCUGCAAACUCUCCUCGACCUGGGAACUGGAUUCUGGAGCGAUCUCUGGAUGGUGAAACCUUCAUGCCGUGGCAAUAUUACGCCAUAACAGACACAGAGUGUAUAACACGCUAUAACAUCAUCCCCAGGACAGGCCCACCAUCCUACACACACGACGACGAGGUGAUCUGUACCUCCUUCUACUCCAAAAUACAUCCUCUGGAGAACGGAGAGAUCCACACAUCCCUGAUAAACGGACGUCCCAGUGCAGACGAUCCCUCGCCAACACUCUUGAACUUCACCUCCGCACGCUUCAUCCGUCUGCAGUUCCAGAGAAUCCGUACAUUAAAUGCCGACCUCAUGACCCUCGCCCUGCACGACCCACGGGACAUCGACCCCAUUGUCACCAGAAGGUAUUAUUACUCCAUUAAGGAUAUCUCCGUCGGAGGCAUGUGCAUCUGUUACGGUCACGCGAAGGCCUGCCCUCUCAACACACACACCAAGAAAUUCAGCUGUGAGUGUGAGCACAACACAUGUGGAGAGAGCUGCGACCGCUGCUGUCCUGCUUACAACCAGAAGCCCUGGAUGGCAGGAACCUUCCUCACACGGCACGUCUGUGAAAAGUGUAAUUGUCACAAUAAAUCAGAGGAAUGCUAUUACAACCAGACGGUUGCUGAUGCUAAGCUGAGUUUGAAUAUUCAUGGUGAAUAUGAGGGGGGCGGAGUCUGCCUCGGCUGCUCUGAGAACACUGGAGGAAUUAACUGCCAAUCAUGUAUAGACGGCUACUACAGGCCAAGUGGGGUGAGUCCACUGGAGCCGUGGCCCUGCACACCCUGCACAUGUGACCUGCGAGGGGCACUUCACUCUACAUGCAUCCCUGAUGAGAGUCAGGCCACCACAGAUCUGCCUGUGGGCUCAUGCAUCUGUAAGCCGGGAUACGCAGGUGAGCGCUGUGACAGGUGUGUGUUUGGAUAUGCUGGAUUCCCUCAGUGUGAGCGCUGCAGAUGCAGCAGUGACGGCAGUGUAAAUCAGGAUCCCUGCCAGCCGCCUUGUGUGUGUAAGGAGCAUGUGGAGGGACGCGACUGUGACCGCUGUAAACAGGGAUUUUACCAUCUCAGCGGGGGACGAGCGCGGGGAUGUGACAAGUGCUACUGUUCUGGAGUCGCCAGCCUGUGUGCCGAAUCCCAGUGGGACUACACUAAUAUCCAGCGGCAGACGAUUCCCUGGACUGUGACAUCAUGCCAGAUGUGUGCGCUGGGCUACCGGCGGGUCAACGGGACGAUCUACCGGGGUGUGUGUGAACUCUGUCAAUGCCACGGACACACAGAGCGCUGUGAUGACCUCACUGGACACUGCCUGGGCUGCAGGGAUCACACUGUAGGACCGAACUGUGGCCAGUGUGCUCCUGGAUAUUAUGGAGACGCCACUAGAGGAACUGCAGACGACUGUCAGCCCUGCGCCUGUCCUCUGCUGAGCCCCGCAAACAAUUUCAGUCCCACGUGUCGUGUGGAUGGCAGGGGCGAGGUGAUCUGCGACCGAUGCCCGCCGGGGUACACCGGAUCACGCUGCGACAGGUGUUCUAAUGGCUAUUUCGGACGUCCCAAUAUUCCUGGCGGCUCCUGUCAGCCGUGUGUGUGUAGCGGUAACCUGGACCAAACCGCUCCGCUGAGCUGUGACCCGCUGACCGGAGCCUGUCUGCGCUGUCGAGAGGGAUACGGAGGAGCUGACUGCGAACGCUGCGCUGACGGAUACUUCGGAGAUGCCCUCAUAGCCAAGAACUGCCAAGCGUGUCAGUGCCACAGUAAUGGAUCAGUGUCAGAGCUCUGCCAUCAGGAGACAGGACAGUGCCAGUGUCGCCAGCACGUGAUUGGACGGCAGUGUGACGAGUGUAUGGCUGGCUCUCAUCUGCAGGGCGCUCUCGGCUGUGUCCCGUGCCACUGCAACUCUUUUGGCUCCAAAUCGUUUGACUGUGAUGAGAGCGGGCAGUGCCGCUGCCAGCCCGGUGUCACGGGACAGAAGUGUGACCGCUGCGCCGCUGGACACUUCAGCUUCCAGGAGGGAGGAUGCACACCGUGCCAGUGUGCCCAUGUGGGAAAUAACUGCGACGCCAGCACGGGCCAGUGUAUCUGUCCGCCCAACACCGUGGGAGAGCGAUGUGACAAAUGUGCGCCCAACCACUGGGGUCACGACAUCAGCACGGGCUGCAAGCCGUGUGGCUGUAAUGCACUGGGGUCUGUGGCGCAGCAGUGUAACCUGAACACCGGCUGCUGCAUGUGCCGAGAGCAGUUCAGGGGGGAGAAAUGCGACGAGUGUAAGCUUGGAUACAGAGAUUUCCCACAAUGCAUUUCCUGCCAGUGCUCUGCAGCAGGCUCAUCGCUGGACACCUGCGACUCAGAGUCAGGCCUCUGCGCAUGUGCGGACAGAAGCGGACAGUGCUCCUGCAAGGCUAAUGUGGAGGGCCAGAAGUGUGAGCGCUGUAAGAGCGGCUCAUUCGGCCUCAGUCACAGGAAUCCUCUGGGCUGCAGUCGCUGCUACUGCUUUGGCUUGAGCAGCUCCUGUACAGAGGCCACAGGACUCAUCCGGAUGAGGCUGACUCUGAUGCCCGAGCAGACUGUUCUUCCUCUGGUGGACCGUUCUGGACAUCAGGAGACCACAGCAGGCAUCACUUUCCAGCAUCCAGACAUCAUCGCCACCGCAGACGUGGUCCAGCAGCAGCUGAGUGAGCCGUACUACUGGAGACUGCCCAAACAGUUCAAGCGCUCCAUGAUAACGGCCUAUGGUGGUAAGCUAAGGUACGCCAUAUAUUACGAGGCCCGUGAGGAGACAGGACGCACCUCAUAUGAGCCUCAGGUCAUCAUUAAGGGUGGCCCGAAUAAAGACAAGAUCAUGGUGCGGCACAUGCCUGCGCUUCAGAUUGGCCAGCUGACCCGCCAUGAAAUCGACAUUACAGAGCACGAGUGGAAACACAAGGACGACAGGCCCAUGUCUCGAGAGGACUUCAUGGACGUUCUGUUUCAUGUGGAAUAUAUACUAAUAAAGGCUUCGCACGGCAACGUCAUGAGGCACAGCAGGAUUUCUGAGAUCACUCUGGAGGUGGCGGAGGUGGGCAGAGCAUCCCAGGACAGUGAAAUCGCCCAUCAGAUUGAGAAAUGUGUGUGCCCUCAGGGAUACGCCGGUCUCUCCUGUGAGGAGUGUGCGGCCGGGUUCUACAGACUCUCGGUUCUGGCUGGUGGAUCUGCAUCGCGGGCCGGUUUUGGCAGCUGCGUUCGCUGCCAGUGCAAUGGGCACAGCGACUCCUGUGACCCCGAAACCUCCAUCUGCCAGAAUUGUCAGCACAACACAGUGGGUGAUAAGUGUGAGCGCUGUGCUGCGGGGUUUUACGGUGUAGUGCGAGGAUUUACAGACGACUGCAAACCCUGCGCCUGUCCACUGCUCAACCCUGAGAACCCUGAAAGGAUCGUGGGAAAAUGUGACGACGACUGCGCCGGGCUCUUGAUUCGGGACAUGGAGCGUUUGCUGCGUUUGAUUGGCAGUGUCAAUCUCACUCUGCCCCUCCCACUGCCCUAUAAAGUGCUGUAUCGAUUCGAGAACGUGACGGAGGAGCUGAAGCACAUGCUGUCUCCUCAGAGAGCACCAGAGAGACUAAUGCAGCUGGCCGACAGCAACCUGGGAAGCCUGGUCACUGAGAUGGACGAACUGCUUAACCGGGCAACUAAAGUGUCUGCUGAUGGGGAGCAGACGGCAGCGGAUGCAGAGAGAAGCCGUAAAGCUGCAGAAGAGCUGGAACUGUACGUCAGGAACACACUGCUGGCUGCUGAAGCACUGCGUGACAAAGCACGUGAUCUGAACGCGACUUUGGGACUUCGGGAUGGGACUUUAGAGAAAAGCGUGAACGAGAUGAAUGACGAGAUCCAGGAAAUGCUCGCAGAGCUCCGCAAACGCCAGCUCACCGGAAAGAAACACAUGGCUGAUGAAGAGCUCGGGGCUGCGGAGGCUCUCUUGUCCCGCGUGAAGCGCUUGUUUGGAGACCCACAGCAGGCCACAGCGGACCUGAAGCAGGAGGUGGGACAGAAGAUGAGCGACCACAAGCUGAAGCUGCAGGAGGCGCAGGAGCUGCUGGAGGAGGCGCUCACACACACCAGACAGGCUGAAGACCUGACUCUCAACAACCAGCUCAAACUGCAGCAUCUGCAGGGAAAGAGGGAUGCGGCCGUUAAACAGAAAGAACAAACAGAGGGGGUCUUAUUGGAGGGAGAGAAGAGUCUGGACGAAGCCAAUGCUCUCUCCGACGCCAUCACCCGCGGCAAAGAGGAGCUGGAGGAGAUGGCGGGAGAGCUGGGGCCUCUGCGGGAUCAGCUGCGGGAUAAAGAGUCUGAUCUGAGUCGCGGUCUGGAUGAGUCUGUCCCGGAGCUGCUGCUAAGAGCGGAGGAUCACGCCGCACAGCUCAACCACUCCGCCGCCAUACUCGACAAAGUGGCCGAUGCUCAACAGCAGGCCUCGGGACCCAAAGGCUCUCUGAAAGAUCAGGCUAAAGGUUCGCUCCAGAAGAGCCACGAUCUGCUGAAUGAGGCUAAAGACCUGCAGAAGGACGUGACAGAAAAUGGAGAGAAUCUGGGAGCCCUUCAGCUCAGACUGAAAGGAGCCAACAAGCAGAACAAAGACCUACAGAAACGCCUGAACGACACCGUGGAGAAACUCAACUCCAUCCCUGACGAUAUGGCGCUGAAGAUCCAGGCUACUAAGCUGAAGGCGGCCGAAGCCAACGACACGGCGCUGGACGUCCUGAAUCGGCUGAAGGACAUGAACCUCAACCUGAUGGGCUUGAAGAAAAACUACGACAAGCUGGAGGACGACGUCAGGAAAACCAACAACCUGAUCAAAGACCCCGAGAAAAACAUUCAUGCAGCAGGCGCCAAAGUGAAGGAUCUGGAGAAUGAAGCCGACAGGCUGAUGGAGAAGCUGAAGCCCAUUCAGGAGCUGCAGGACAACCUGAAGAAAAACAUCUCGCAGAUUAAAGAACUCAUCAACCAGGCACGCAAGCAGGCCAACUCUAUUAAGGUGUCUGUGUCGUCCGGUGGAGACUGCAUCCGCACCUACCGGCCAGAGAUCAAGAAGGGCCGCUACAACACCAUCAUCCUCCACCUCAAGACCCUCGCUGCCGAUAACCUGCUCUUCUACCUGGGAUCCGCCAAAUACGUGGAUUUCUUGGCCAUCGAGAUGCGUAAGGGGAAGGUGAACUUCCUGUGGGAUGUGGGGUCAGGGGUCGGCCGAGUGGAAUAUCCAGAUCUGAUCAUCAACGAUGGAAACUGGCACCGAAUCGAAGCCUCACGUAUUGGUCUGAACGGCAGUAUCUCAGUCCGUGCGCUCGAGGGACCCAAAACAGGCAUCUUACCUUCACUCAGAAGUGCAAAAGCACCGGAGACCUACACUGUGCUGGACGUGGACCAGAACGCUUACCUGUUUGUCGGAGGCAUGCUGGGAUCAGUGAAGAAAGCAGAUGCUGUGAAAACCACCACAUUCUCAGGCUGUAUGGGUGAGACGUCUCUGGAUGGAAAGCCCAUCGGCCUCUGGAACUACAGAGAGAGAGACGGGGACUGUGCUGGAUGUGUUGUCAGUCCUCAGCCUGCAGACACUGAAGGAACGGUUCAGUUUGAUGGAGAUGGUUAUGCGUCCGUCAGUCGCCCCACCAGGUGGAACCCAAAUGUCUCCACUGUCAUGUUCAAGUUUCGCACCUUCUCCACACACUCCGUCAUCAUGUACUUCGCCACCAAAGACAUGAAAGACUUCAUGAGUGCUGAACUGAGUGAUGGCAGGGUGAAAGUGAGUUAUGAUCUGGGCUCUGGCACCGGCUCCAUCAUCAGUGAUAAACGCUAUAAUGACGGCAAGUGGAAGUCCUUCACCAUGUCCCGCAUGAAGAAAGAAGCCACCAUCACCAUCGUCAACAUGGACACUAAUGAGAAUGAGCGGCUGCUGAUGGCGUCACCAGGGGGCGCUACAGGCCUUAACCUGCGAGACAACGAGCGCAUAUUUUUCGGAGGAUUGCCCAAAGCUGGAAAAUACAGGUCAGAGGUGGUUUUGAAGAGGUUUUCUGGCUGUAUGAAGGAUAUCGAGGUCUCCCGAACGCCAUAUAAUCUGCUGAGCAGUCCAGAUUACACAGGACUGACCAAAGGCUGCUCCAUUGAGAAUCUGCACACAGUGAGUUUCCCACGGGCCGGGUUUAUGGAGCUGAAUCCGGUGUCAUUUGCCGUGGGCUCGGAGAUCUCGCUCUCCUUCAGCACCAGGAGUGAAGACGGGCUGAUACUGUUCGGCAGAGGAGGACUGACCUCCAUGACGGAGCUGACACAGGGACUCACGCCAGUGCACAUCCCACGCCGCUCACGCAGACAGACCGGAGAGCCCUUCCUCUCUGUGCAGCUCAGUAAAGGGGCACUGGAGGUGCUGGUGUUCACCGGCUCCAGAAACCCUCGCAGAGUUUUCCGAAAACCAGAUCAGGGAAUCCUGCAUGAUGGCCGAGAGCACUCACUGCGCAUCCAGAGGCUCCCGGGAGCAUCCUUCACUGUGCAGGUGGACGAGGAGCCGCUGGUGCAGCAGCCCUUACCCAACGACCUCCCACUCAACAUCCACCGCCUCUUCAUCGGAGGAAUCCCGCCUGAUGUACAAACCGGCGUCCACAGGCCCAGCGUGCCGUUCGAGGGCUGCAUCUGGAACCUCCUGAUCAACACUGUCCCGGUGGACUUCUCCCAGCCUGUGGCCUUUGAGAAUGCAGAGAUUGGCCACUGCCCUGACCUGGCCCCGGCCCCAGCUCCGCCUCUUGAGGAGGUGGAAAAGGAAGAGGCUCCGCCUACACCAGCAGAAGCAGUUCGUCCUCCACCAGCUCCAGCCUCCUACACACCCACCUCUGUCCAAUCACACGCGGUGUCGUGCGCAGCAGAGGCGGAGCCUGCAGUGCUGGGGCUGGCCAAACAGUUCGGUCUGUCCAGAAACAGUCACAUGAGCUUUGAGUUUGAUGACAGAAAGGUGAUGAACAGGUUGGUCAUUGAGUUCGAGAUGCGCACAGAGACAGACUCUGGUCUGGUUUUCUACAUGGCCAGAAUAAACCACGCAGACUUCGCCACCAUCCAGCUGAAGGAGGGAAUGGCUCACCUAAGCUUCGACCUGGGCAGCGGGAACACCUCCGUCAGCGUGCCGCGCAUCAUCAACGACGGGCAGUGGCACAAGAUCCGUGUGAUGAGAGACAAACAGAGAGGAGUCCUCACGAUAGACGGCCGCUACAGCAAACACACCACCAGCCCGAAGAAAGCAGAAAUCCUGGAUGUGGUGGGAAUGCUGUAUGUUGGUGGUUUACCGCUCAACUACACCACCAAACGCAUCGGCCCUGUGCUGUACAGUAUUGACGCUUGCAUUAGGAACUUCAAGAUGAUGAAUCUGCCUUUGGAUAUGGAGAAUCCCACCUCCAGCUACCGCGUGGGCUCCUGCUUUGCCAACCCAGAAAAGGGAAACUAUUUCAAUGGCACAGGCUAUGCCAAAGCUGUGGAGGCAUAUCGAGUGGGUAAUGACGUGUCAGUGGAUCUGGAGUUCAGGACGGCUCAGAGCUCUGCUGUCCUGGUGGGCGUCAGCAGCCAAAAGAUGGACGGGCUGGGCAUCGAACUCGUAAAUGGAAAGCUGUUCUUCCAUGCUGAUAACGGAGUGGGCCGCUUCACAGCCGUGCAUGAGCCGAGGCAGGAGGCGGGGCUUUGUGAUGGGCAGUGGCACACAGUCUCCGCCCACAAGCUGAAGCACCGCCUGGAGCUGACGGUGGACGGACAGAAGUCUGAGGCGGCGAGUCCAGACAUCCGCUCGCCCUCCGCAGACACCAAUGACCCACUGUAUGUGGGCGGAUACCCCGAGGGUCUGAAGCAGUUCGGGCUCACCAUAAACACCCCGUUUAAAGGCUGCAUGAGGAACGUGAAGAUCAGUAAAGCUGGAAAAACUCUGCAGGUCCAGAUGAACAAACUGCUGGAGCUCAGAGGAGUUCAGCCGCUCAGCUGCCCUGCUGCUUAA